AAGAGCCACUUGCAACGCUGUUUGGCUUCCAGAGAAAGAUUCAUCACGUUCAGAUAUUUCAUAUGUAUGAUUCUCACUGUUAUCUGUUUUCCCUUGAUUAUCAUCAAGAGUAGGCCGGAUCAUUAAGGAAUCAAAACCAUGUAAUUUGUUGGGUAAGGUUCUUAAUGUGUGUGUGUGUUUUUUUUUUUUUAGAUAUCUUUAUAGAGAAUGGAACUGGCAAAUUCGGCAGGAGAAGGAUUUUAGGUGCAUAAGAUAGACAUUUCUGCUCCUUUAAAAUUCAUCAACACGUCUGGAUUCGGCAAAAAGAAAGUAUUGGAAUUAGGGUUUCGAUACAUAGCAAUGGCAAUGGAAACUUUAAUUGGAAGUUGAUUACAGAUCUACAAACCUGAAAUUAAAACUUAUGCGGGAAGGGAAUGUGCUUUAUACUAAAUUCUCUAUGAAAAACUUCAUGGUACUAAAUUCUUCAUAUGAUUGUUCCUAAAUUGCACACAUUUGGGAAUGAACCAUGUCGUGGAAUGAAUUUAAAGCCUCUAUGAAGAAUGUAUCGGCAGGCGUUUCCCAUGGUUCCGACAGUUUUGAAGGAGAUCAAAGCGGCUCUGUUUCAAGGAUUCAACUCAUUAAACCAACUCAAACAUAUCCAUGGCCGCCUCCUUCGCAGUGGUCUCAACCAAAACAACUAUCUUCUCAACAUGCUUCUUAUAUCAACCUUCAAGUUCAGCAGCCCGAAUUACGCAGAACGCAUAUUUUACCAAACACAAGCCCCAAAUAUAUUUUUGUGGAACACUAUGAUUCGUGGGUUGGUCUCUAAAGAUUGUUUUGACCAGGCUGUUGAAUUUUUUUACUCUAUGCGUGAAGAGGGAUUUUUACCGAAUAAUUUUACUUUUCCGUUUCUGCUGAAAGCCUGCACGAGGCUGUUGGAUAUGGAACUCGGUUCUAAGCUUCAUACUCUCGUGGUGAAAGGGGGUUUCGAUUAUGAUGUCUUCGUGAAGACUGGGUUGGUCUGCCUAUACGCGAAAUGUGGUGGUUUGAAGGAUGCAGAGAAAGUGUUUGAUGAUAUUCCUGAGAAAAAUGUGGUUUCUUGGACUGCAAUAAUAAGUGGAUAUAUUGAAUUUGGGAGAUUUAGAGAAGCCAUUGAUAUGUUUUGGAGGUCAUUGACAACAGGUUUGAGGCCCGAUAGUUUCACACUUGUUCGGGUAUUGUCUGCCUGUAUUCAGUUAGGGGAUUUGAGCGCUGGUGAGUUAAUACAUAAGUAUUGGGCGGAGAGUGGCAUGGGGAGAAAUGUCUUCGUGAGCACUUCUUUGGUCGAUAUGUAUUCUAAACUUGGAAGUAUGGAGAUGGCUCGUGCAGUUUUUGAUGAGAUGCCUGAAAAGGAUAUUGUUUCUUGGAGUUCUAUGAUUCAGGGUUAUGCAGCAAAUGGGCUUCCUAGAGAUGCUUUGGAUCUCUUUUAUCAAAUGCAUCGGGAGAACUUAAGACCGGACUGUUAUGCGAUGGUAGGGGUGCUAUCUGCUUGCGCAAGAUUAGGAGCAUUGGAUGUAGGGGAGUGGGCUAGUAGGUUGAUGGGUACGAACGAUUUUUUCUCCAAUCCUGUUAUGGGUACAGCAUUGAUUGACAUGUAUGCUAAAUGUGGGAAGAUUGUUUCAGCUUGGGAGGUCUUUCUUCAAAUGAAGAAAAAGGACCUCGUUGUUUGGAAUGCCAUGAUAUCAGGGCUUUCCAUGGGUGGUCAUGUUGGAUCUGCAUUUAGCUGCUUUGCGUUGUUGGAGAAAAAUGGGUUGAGGCCUGAUGGGAACACUUUCCUCAGUCUCCUCUGUGGUUGUAGUCAUGCUGGUCUGGUUGCCGAUGGUCGCAGGUACUUUUAUAGUAUGGACUCGAUUUAUUCUAUAUAUCCUACAAUUGAGCAUUAUGGAUGCAUGGUUGAUCUUCUUGGUCGAGCUGGUUUGUUAGAUGAAGCCCAUUCAUUGAUCCUAAACAUGCCAAUGAAGGCAAAUACUGUGGUUUGGGGAGCUCUGUUAAGUGGAUGUCGUCUACAUCGAGAUACUCAACUAGCUGAGCACGUGCUAAAGCAAUUGAUUGAAUUAGAACCGUGGAACUCUGGGAACUAUGUUCUUUUAUCAAAUAUUUAUUCAGCUAAUCACAAAUGGGCAGAUUCUGAGAAAAUCAGAGCACUUAUGAAUGGGAAAGGGAUUCAGAAAGUACCUGCUUACAGUUGGAUAGAAUUAGAUGGAGUUGUUCAUGAGUUUCUUGUGGGAGAUACUUCUCAUCCUAUGUUGGAUAAGAUAUAUGCCAAACUCGGUGAAUUGGACAAGAAGUUAAGAGCAGCAGGCUAUGUUCCAAUUACGGAUUUUGUGCUAUUCGACGUUGAAGAGGAAGAGAAAGAAUAUGUGCUGGGCUAUCACAGUGAGAAGCUUGCUCUUGCAUUUGGUCUAAUAAGUACUAGACCAAAUGAUGUCAUCCGAAUAACCAAAAAUCUUCGCAUUUGUGGUGAUUGUCAUAUGGCCUUCAAGCUCAUAUCAAAGAUAACUGGUAGAGAAAUUAUUGUGCGGGACACUAACCGUUUCCAUUGUUUUAUUGAUGGAUCAUGUUCAUGCAAUGAUUAUUGGUAGUCUCUAAAACACACCUUGCAUGAGAUGACCUGGUAUCUUUUUAUGUAUUGCAUUUGUGAGCUGUACAAGAGGUCUUCAUGCAAGCAUUCGUGAAUUCUUGCUUGUUAAGCACAGGACAGGGUAAAAGUUUGGAGGUAAUUUUGACAAAAUGUGGGGUGUGAUUGCAGACAGAUGGUGUUAAAGUUGUUUGGCUGGUGGAAAUUCAAUAUAUCUGAUGCAACCCUUGACCUUGAACACAUGCUGCAAAAUCAUGUGACUUUCUGUCGAAAUACUGGUUUACACCAUGCUUUUCAGCACACAUAAUACAAUUCAGGGACUCAGUAAAGCAUUUCGUAAGCUACUUGUUCUUAAUAUAUGGAAAUUUCUUGUGUCAGUAAAAGUGAAUCUUGACACUUGAGAAUUUGGCUUUGCGGGGCUAGAAAUUCUUUCUUUUGUCUAAACAAGUUGUAUAAAGAUUUUGAUGAUCCAUUCUUUUGCUUGACGAUAUCUUAUUUAUGGAUGGUUUGACGUAGAAAAUACGACUUAAUCUAUCAGAAAAGCAGGGAGGUCCACAUAUCUUUGUAGCCAUUGAAAAAGGAAUCUUAAGAUGCUCAAGAAUGAAUUCAAAUUCGCUGGAUGGUGUUCUCUAUGCAGUUGUCAUCCCCAUGAGACCCAAUCAGGUAUAAACUUAAUUUGGUAGCAUGACUUCCUGUCUUUUUACUACUCUCUCUCUCUCUCUCUCUCUCUCUAUACAAAUGUUUUUCCAUUGUGUCUGUAAUGUUAGAUAUGAUUUGGUGGAAGAUGGUUCACUUAUGGAUAAACAUACAGGUAAGGUAAUGACCAUUGCACUGUUGUUUUCUAUUGGAAACAUGUUAUGGUUGUGGUCGUCUAGCAUUGUUCAGUUAGGCUCUGUUUGAAUAGAGGGAAAGUCAUUUGGGAAAGUGAAGUAUGAGAGAAAGUGAGGUAAAGGAAAAGAAAAAUCUUAUUCUAGAAAACGUGUAGUCACCAAGAAAAAAAUUGAGAGAAAAUGAGAAGCUAGUUAUAGUUAGUGGCAGUAAUUAAAGUUUUUGUGUCUAACCAGCUAUUUUCUCUCAAAAUCCUGCAAAUUUUGCAGGAGACAAAAUGCAGGAAAGUGAGGGAAAGCGCAAGAAAGAUUUUAAUUUUCCUGCUAAACAAACAUGCACUUAUAGGAAUAUUUAGUCCCAAGUUUUUAAUGUCUCCACUUGAUUUUUGCAUGAAGGAUUAAUCUCGUUUGUGUCAUCAAGUGGAUUUAUCUCGCUUGCAUCUGACAUAUUUAUUAAGCUGUAGAUGGAUGUUUCAUUCAGUUGUAACUUACUGAUAUGCUCCAUAGAUGCCAUUGAGGUUUUUCAAUGUGCAUCUGCCAAGGUUGCAUUGUGGCAUGAAAAGUUAGGACUGCUCAAACUAUUAAAAAUGCCUCCCAACACAUUUUGAUUUCUUCUACAAUCAGAUGUUUGAUUUCUAAAUAACUAGCAUAGGUGGCUGCUCUUGAAUCCUUUCCAUUUGAACAAACCCAAUACGCAAGAUGUUCCUUCUCCAGGAGUCCUGGAUUGCUGGUUAGAGUUUUGACAAGUUGGUGGCUUGCAGGCGCGGGAUCUUAAGAUUUCAUGAAUUUGACCAUCACCAUCUGGAAGGACUCAACGCUAAGUCUUCAAGAAGUAAUUUUGGGCUUAAAAUAUGGAGACAUGGCCCAGAAAACUGGCCAGGAUUGAAUUACCUGGAGCAAGAAUAAGGGCUUGAAUGAACAAGAUUAUGAGGCCCGCGAUGUGGAUCAGAGAUUUUGAGGAGUCACACUGUAUUUAUAUUAGCCUAAUGUACCGGUAAUGAAUAUAUGAGGUCCGUAGAGACGUAGACAUAUAUUGUACAAUAGUGUUCAUUUUUGGAGAUUGAUGAGCGAGACCAGUUAAGGACCGGUGGAAUAGCAAGUCGGUUGACUUCCGAGAACAAAUGUUGCUUAUUUCUGUGGCCAUAAAAGAACCAAAUAUGAGUGCUCAACCUUAAGUUUGCUGUUCAUUCACAAAAUCACACUCGCGAUAAUCUCUGUGUCUGUCUUUAAGACAACCAACCCUUCCAAUAUAGUUUACUUUUCUUUGCAA